AUGUCACUUAACCGUUUUGGCGGGCCAUUUCUUAUCAUUAUUUCUAUAACUUUUAUUACACAAAUAAUGUAUAGUUAUUACAAAAAAAGAAAACGGCAUACGCCGACAACUAAAAGAGAAAUAAACGAAGUUAUAAUGUUCUCCUACGGUGCAAGUGAACUGAAGAAAAGCAAAUAUUCCCGUUGUAUUAUAACUCAUAGUAUGGACCGUUUACUAUAUUACUUGAAUGUACCUCGGCAAAGCUUAGAUAUUUGCAUGUACGUAAUGACAAAUUUGGAUUUAAACAACGUAUUAAUGAAAUUACACUUUAGAGGUGUAAAAAUACGUGUGAUAAUUGAUGCAGAUAUGGCAUAUUCUUCUGGAUCAUGUACCAGAAAAUUAGAAAAACAGGGGAUUCCAAUCAGGUGGAUGAAAUCGAGCAAUUUAAUGCAUCAUAAAUUUUGCCUUGUUGACACAUUAGCCGCAGAUGAACAUGUUACUCCAUUUGUAAUUAUGGGAUCAUUAAAUUGGACAAAUCAGGCUUUAAACGGAAAUUGGGAAGAUGUAACAGUGACCUCCCAACGAGAUAUAGUACAACAGUACCAUGCUGAAUUUGAGAGGCUGUGGGUUUUAUUCAAACCAAUUGUAGACCUUACAUAG